AUGGCUCAACUCGGCCGCAUUCUGGUCUCUCCACCCCUCAUCAAUACCUCCUGCGCUUGGGCCAGCGAGCAGCACGAGCUCGAAGCGCUCUACGCCUGUCCGCACACCGGCGCGGUCACAACGCGCACGGGCACGUUGCACGGUUUCCAGGAAGACGCAUCACACACCGUAGCGUUCACCUCCGACUCCACAUCCUCGAUCAAUUCCUACGGCUACUCGCCGCACCCCCUCGCGCGCUACCUCGAAUGGGUCGACGCCCUCCUCUCCGCCCACCCAUCCGACACCAAACCGUUCAUCGUCAGCCUCACCGCAUCCUCCGCCACCGACCUCUCGACCAUGCUCGCCUCCGUCCGAUCCCUGCACGCCAAACACCCCUCCCGCAUCGCCGUCGAGCUCAACACCUCCUGCCCCAACAUCAAAGCGUCCCCGCCGCCGGCGUACGAGCCCGCCCAACUCGUCCCGCUCCUCCGCCCCCUCGCGGACGCGUUCCGCGCCGACCGCGACCUCACGCUCGGGCUCAAGCUCCCGCCGUACGUGUACGCGGCGCAGUUCGAGCGGCUGCUCGCCGCCGUGGAGGAAGUCGCGGUCGAGCGGACGUGCCCGUUCGCGUUCUUCACCUGCACGAACACGCUCGGCAACGGCCUGCUCUUCGCGGACCAGGCGCGAGCCGGGGGCGUCGGGGAGGGGUCCGCGCUCCUGGGCGGCGUCGCGGGCGACGCGCUGCACGCGCUGGCGCUCGGCAACGUGCGCACGUUCCGCAGGAUGCUCGACGCGCACCCGGAGCCGUCCGUGAGGGCGAUCGGGAUCGUCGGAGCGGGCGGGGUGACGGGCCGGGCGGCGGCGGGGCGGAUGAGGCGCGCGGGCGCGGCGGUCGUCGGGUGCGCGACGCUGCUCGGGCGCGAGGGCGUGGCGGCGUUCGAGAUGCUGGCGGGCGCGUGA